AGACAGAAACAGUUGCAAGCGCAUUUGUCGACCAUCGAUUGCUCUGUGAUCGACUGUCAUGUCUUCGUUCACACGCAUUGGGAACCACAUGGUGCCAAAGGGGCUCCAUACAGAGUGAAGUUCGCCAGUAAUCACAUGUGUUUUCUUAAUAGUGACAGUCUAUUAAGAUAAAAUGUCGCAGGUACAGGCCCGGUUCUUCACCGAAAACAAAAAGUAUCUAAUAGAUGAUGUUCCAUUCUCCAUCCCUGCUGCCUCGGAGGUGACUGGCCUCAGUGGUGUCAUCAACAAACUGCUGGAAGCUAAGAAUGAUGGACACAAACAUGUUGAGUUUGAUUUCCUGGUUCAAGGUCAGUUUCUCCGCACUUCACUGGCCAGUCGCAUGGAGUCAGAGAACAUCUCAACGGUAUGGAAAUGCUUUUAAUGUAGUCUCGCUAGCACACAUCUAUGGACUGCCUACAGUCUGUUCAUUGACAUAUUAUGCGCACAACAGUUACAACCUCCAAUCAGAUUG